AUGGGUAUAUCACAAAAAUAUAAUUCAAAUAGGUCCAUUGAGCGAUACAAGGCUCACCUUGUAGCACAAGGUUUUCAUCAAAAGCCUGGCAUCAAUUAUCAUGAGACAUUUAGCUAUGUUGUUCGUGCGACAACUGUGAGAAUUGUUCUUUCCCUUGCUGUCUCUUUUUCUUGGCAAAUUCAUCAGCUAGAUGUUAAAAAUGCUUUCUUGCACGGGGUUCUUAUUGAGGAGGUCUACAUGAAGCAACCUCGAGGUUUUAUUCAUCCUGACUAUCCUAAUCAUGUUUGCAAGCUAACCAAAGCCAUCUAUGGCUUGAAACAAGCUCCUCGGGCUUGGUUUCAUCGCUUCAGUGCAUUUCUUAAUUCUCAUGGUUUUGCUUGCAGCAAAUCUGAUAGUUCGAUGUUUAUUUAUCGCUCUCCUUUUCAUGUCCUUAUUCUAUUACUCUAUGUCGAUGACAUCAUUUUCACAGGUAGUCAUAAUGGUCUUCUUGAUCAAUUUAUUUCUCAUCUAUCCCAUCAGUUUGCUAUGAAGGACUUAGGCAAUCUCCAUUAUUUUCUUGGUAUUCAAGCAGUUCGUACAUCUCACGGUCUUCACUUGUCUCAGCAAAAGUAUAUUUCUAUUUGUUACUUAAAUUUCAUAUGCACACAUGCAAACCAGUUCGUAUUUCAUAUGCACACAUGCAAACCAGUUCGUACUCCUAUUGCUUCUCGCUCUUCUAUUUCUCUAAUGGACGGUGAGUUACUUUCAGAUCCUAGUGAAUAUAGGAGCAUGGUUGGUGCUCUUCAAUAUUUGACUAUGACUCGUCCGAAUAUUGCCUAUGUUGUAAAUGUUGUCUCUCAAUUUAUGCAUGUUCCCCGUACCACUCACAUGCAUUGUGUCAAGCGUAUUUUCCGGUACUUGCAGGGUACUCUGACUUAUGGUCUGACUUUGUGUGCCCUAUCUCCGACUUCCAUGGUUAUUGCCUACUUGGAUGCUGAUUGGGUUGGUGGUCCAGAUAGUCGCCAUUCUACUUCGGGUUUUGUUGUGUUUCUAGGAUCUAAUCUUAUCUCUUGGCAUGCAAAGAAGCAACCAACAGUUUCAAAAUCGUCUACAGAGGCUGAGUACCGGGCUAUUGCAUACACUGUUGCUGAGACUUGUUGGAUUCGUCACAUUCUUUGUGAGCUUGGUAUCUUUCUACAUGAACUAAUUCGUGUAUUAUGUGACAACAUCAGUUCAACUUACAUGACCCGUAAUCCAGUUUUUCAUGAUCAUUCGAAACAUAUUGCUGUUGAUUUUCAUUUUGUGCGUGAUAUGGUUGCACAAGGAGAUCUUAUAAUUCAGUAUGUUCCAACACAUUUGUAG